AUGAGUGAAAUUGUAUCUGGUGUGGCGAGUGCUUUAUUGGCAAAUCUCACAACCAAAGCUUAUCAUAAGAUUGUGUGGGUAUGUGGUCUCAAACGUGAAGUAGAGAGGCUUAAAAAGUCUGUGAAACUCGUCAGUGCCUUUCUUUCUGAUGCUGAAAACAAGCAAUUCAAAGACCAAAGCAUAGCCCUAUGGUUGAAAGAACUUAAACAUGCACUCUAUGAUGCAGUUGACAUAUUGGAUGAAAUUGAGUGUCAAGAAAAUAUAAGUAAAGCGAUGAAAAUACAUGGAGGUGUUUCUCAAAAGGUGUGUCAAUUUUUCUCAGCAUCAAACCCACUUGUAUUUCAUGUCAACAUGGCUCACAAAAUUAAGGAGAUUAGAGAAAAGAUUGAUGAGAUUGCACGUGAAAGGAACAAUCUCGGUCUCAUUCAAAAUUCUACAAAUGACAUGGCUCCCAAUAAAAUGUUAUCAUGGAGGGAGACCCAUUCUUCUCUACCUUCACGAAUAACAGGUAGAGAUGAAGAAAAGGAACUUAUCAUAAGUUUAUUGAUGAGUGAACCAUCACAAUCACAAAGCAAAAAUGUUACUGUCAUCCCAAUUGUUGCAAUGGGAGGGUGUGGGAAGACCACACUUGCCCAAUUUGUGUUCAACGAUUCAAGAAUAGCUGAUCAUUAUGAUUUAAAAUUAUGGGUGCAUGUGUCACAAGAUUUUGAUGUUAAAAGAAUAAUUUCAAAAAUUGUUACACAAGAAGAUGAUACAAAAGGCAGAGGCGGUGAAGGCAUGACCUUAGAAAGGUUGAAGACACUUCUUCAUGAGAAAUUAUACGACAAGAAAUUUUUACUUGUCCUUGAUGACAUGUGGAAUGAAAAUGCUAAAAGAUGGCAUGAUCUACGGGAUCUCCUGUUGGAUACAAUUGGUGAAAGGAACAAAAAUGAUUGCAAAAUCAUAGUGACUACUCGUAGUGACAGAGUUGCUGAUAUUGUGAAGACUGUUACUAAAAUCAAAUUACAAGUACUCCCAGAAGAGGAAUGUUUGCAGUUAUUUUUUAAGUGUGCCUUUCAAGAAGAGGGGGAAGCAAAUCAACGUCCCAGGCUUCAAGAAAUUGGUAAGGAAAUUGUUGCAAAGUGCAAAGGUUUGCCACUAGCCAUAGUGACUUUAGGGUGCAUUCUUAGGUCACAAGAAGAUGAAAAUGAGUGGAAAAGAAUCCGAGAUAGCGAGAUAUGGGAAAUAGAUCAUCAAAAAGAUGAUGAAAUAUUACCAGCAUUAAGGCUAAGCUAUUCUCAAUUGCCAUCUCCUCUGAAGCAAUGUUUUUCUUAUUGUGCACUUUUCCCUAAAGGUCAUGAAUAUAUGCCAAUAGAAUUGAUUCCAAUUUGGAUGGCACAUGGAGUCCUCCGACCCACGAAUGAAAAUGAAGAUCCAGAGUGUCUUGGAGAGUUACAUUUCAGGCAAUUAAUUUCAUUGUCCUUCUUUCAAUUUGUAGAUCAAUUCCGCUCACCUUUUGAGGACGAAUUACCUUUUGACUACGAUGUAGGGAAAGUUUUGGGCAUUGGAAGUUACAUAAUGCAUGAUCUGAUCCAUGAUCUUGCUAUGUCGACAAUGCAUGGUGAGACUACAGUGAUAAGUAGCGCAUCUACACAUGUCAAUGAAAAAGUACGACAUAUAUCAAUUUCAACCAACCCAGACCAAUUGCCUCUGCUAGCCCUCAAGAAAAACAAGGUUCAAUCAUUUGUAAAUUGGCACACACAAGGAGAUAUCACCACGACAGAACCAUUUGUAAAAUGGAUCUCUAAAGAAUUCAAGUACUUAAGGGUGUUGGAUUUGCAAAAUUUGGCAUUUCAGUUCCUGCCUGAUUUCUUCGACAAGAUGAAGCAUUUGAGAUAUCUUAAUCUGAGUUGUUGCUCUCAGUUGAAAAAACUCCCCAAGUCCAUUUCCAAGCUCUAUAAUCUCCAGACUUUAAUUCUUCAGGGCUGUGUGGCACUUGAAGAGUUACCUAAAAACUUGAGGAACCUUAUCAACCUUCGAUUUUUUAUGAUUACUGCACAAAUCACAAAUCUCUGCUUUGUAGAUAUAAGGUUCUUCAGUUAUCUUCAGAUUUUAACAAUUUUCAGUUGUCAUAAUUUAGAAGUCAUGCCGUGUGAUUUAUCACAUUUGGUUUCUUUGAAGAAGCUGGUAAUUAUGGGAUGUGAAAAGCUAGUUCGUUUUGAAGACGAAGUUGAAAAUGAAGGAAGAGGGAAGCAAAAUGAAGUUGCCAAGGAAAUGAAUCUUCAAAGAUUUGCUAUUGCUGGAUCGCCCAAGUUGAUCAACUUACCCAACUGGCUUCAAAGAUCUGCCAAGACUUUACAACAAAUUUGUAUUUGGGAUACAAGUUUAACAGCAUUGCCAGAAUGGCUUCCAAAUGCAACAUCACUUAACAGUCUUUACAUUUUAGAUUGUGAAGAGUUGUUGUCACUGCCUGAGAAUAUGGAUCACUGUCGCAGCCUUCAAACAUUAGGAAUAAUUGGUUGCCCAGAUCUGAGUAAAAGGUAUAAAGGGGGUGUAGGCCCAGAAUGGAGCAAAAUAGCUCAUGUCCCAAAUGUCUACGUAAGUUUCUGCUAA